AUGAUUACAAAUUUUUCAACGCGGGCGUCCCCAGCGCUGCCUGUCACUCUGGAGACAAACAGAGUUGCUGAUGCAGGCUGCAAUAAUGACAUGUCACUUCCCGAGAAAGGCUCAGAUCAUUUGCCGCAAGGGCCAGGCAAACAACACUUUAUGUUUGUCACUGUGGGCGAGCCGUCGAUAGGAGGAUGUCAUAACAAAAGACAAAUCCCAAAGACGGUUAGAGCGCAAGUGAUGCGAGACUAUGUUUGGAAAAGAGACCUCCAGAUAUCUGGGCCCGAUGACAAACGACCGCCUAGUAACAACGCAAUUAAGCCGGCAGACCUGAAAGGGCGUUUCCGAUUAAACACGUCAGCCCGAAAAACGGGCAAUCGGACCAAAAUCAAGCCGCGAUCGGGGAAAGCGGUCAUAAACUUGCCAAAUUCACGCAGUUUGAGAGCGACGAAUAGCCCUCUCACAGUAUUAGGGGUAUCAUAUGACCCGUUCGAUGCAUUCAUGUUGAGGCUUGGCCCAGAGAGUAUGCGAUUGAUUCACCAUUACUAUCGCGGCUGCUCAAUGAGCUUGGUAGCAUACAAUAUAGGCGAACGGGAAUGCCUGACCAAUGCGAGAGGGAGCCUAGCGUUAUUUCACUCCAUAUUAUACGUCGUCUCGUUGGUUUAUAACCUCGAUCAUAGUCCAAAAGAUCAAUUGGGGUCAUUAUUUCACUCCAUUGAAGCCUUCCGAGCUAUUAAUGUUGACCUUGAAGCGGGAUCUUACACCGACAUGACUAUUGCUGCAGUGGCCCUAAUGGCCACGAAAGAGACUCUUGAAGGAAAUUUCGCAAGCGCAACGGUGCACAUGGACGGCUUGCAAAUAAUGAUCAAGAAUCGCGGUGGUAUUCUAAAUUUGACAUGCCGCAACGGCAAAGCCGCCUUGUGGUUUACUCCGCGAUCGGUGACGAUGCAUAUUCAAAACCCCCCUCACAGCGAGGACGCCUUUCUCGUCCCCGCAGAUACAUUCGGUCCCGAUUCGGGCAUUAUUCCCGUUAUCAAAUUCCUUCGGAAUGUGACAUUGUCGAUGAAUACCACACCGAAUUUUGACCUGCGGCAUCUCAACACCAGCCAGGACCUCUACAACAUGGAGUACCAACUACACUCGUGCAGAGCUAACCUGGAGUCUGCUACUUUCGCGAAACGUGUUAUGUUACUAAGUCUUGCCAUGCACCUGUAUCUGUAUCUUGUCAUCAGACAUAUCCCCACGCGAUCAAAACUCGUCAUUACACUCGUUCAACGACUGAUGACUGCUAUCGAUGAGGAGGCUACUGGUGAUUGGGAAGAUGUAGAGAAUGGUCAUGUCUGGCUGCUCUGGAUUCUUUUCGUAGGAUUCGGAGGAUCGUCACAAGAUGCCGAUAGCGGCUGGUUUGUUGAAAGAAUACAAGCCUGGCGUACUAAUCAUCCGGACUGUGACCCUUAUGCCGGACUAGACAGCCAGCUAAGGAGAGUACUUUGGCACAAUGUGUGGUGUGGUGAGCAACUCGAGCAGUUAUAUAACCGGUUGCUAAAGCUUGUGAAAUAG